AUGCUCCUGGCCAUGAGCGUUGCUACCAUUAUCGUCGCCGUCACCGCCUUCUGCGAGGCCGAGGCCGACAUCGUCGCCUUCGAGGAGGCAGCCAAGGACAUCAUCGUCAUGCUGGACAAGCAUCCCAGCUGGCCAGCCAGGAGACGGGGCAGGGAGCUGCGGGCACGGCCCGUCUGCAAAGAUAUCCACAUCUUCGAAUCCUGUUCAAGGAGUACCCGUUGA